AUGGCGAAGGAGGAUGAUUUGACUCUGGGUGGUGGGCACACAAGGCAAUAUGAAGAUCAUAAUGAAGAAGACAUUUAUGAAAACCAGAACACAUCCGGAAACAACUCCCCAAGGAGCAGAGUUGUGCAAAACAGAGAACAUGUAAAUGGCAAACAGGGUGAAGAGCAGGUCACCAGUGAGCAAGAUUCUCUAAGGAACAAAGACGACGAAGACGACGAUCGAGAGACGCGUCAGAAAGGGUGUCUGGCAAGGAAGUAUGGUACAGUUUGUGAUUUUUGUAGAAAACACAAAACCACCAUUUGGCAUAUCACCUGGGGCAUCUUAUUAGCAGGUUACCUGGCCAUGGUGAUUGCAGCCUGUGUGCUGAAUUUUCACAGAGCCCUUCCUCUUUUCGUGAUCACCGUGGUUGCCAUCUUCUUUGUGAUCUGGGAUCACUUUAUGGCCAAAUAUGAACAUCGAAUUGAUGAGUUCCUAUCUCCUGGCAGAAGACUUCUAGACAGCCAUUGGUUCUGGCUGAAGUGGGUGAUUUGGAGCUCACUGAUCCUGGGGAUUAUCUUCUGGCUGAUCUUUGAUACCGCCAAACUGGGCCAGCAGCAACUGGUGUCCUUCGGUGGGCUCAUCAUGUACAUUAUCCUGCUAUUUCUAUUUUCCAAAUACCCAACCAAAGUUUACUGGAGGCCUGUCUUUUGGGGAAUUGGGUUACAGUUUCUUCUUGGGCUCUUAAUACUAAGGACUAAGCCUGGAUUUAUAGCCUUUGAUUGGCUGGGCAAACAAGUUCAGACAUUCUUGGAAUACACUAAUGCUGGGGCUUCCUUUGUCUUUGGUGAGAAAUACACAGACCACUUCUUUGCAUUUAAGAUCCUGCCAAUCGUGGUUUUCUUCAGCACUGUCAUGUCCAUGCUCUACUACCUCGGACUGAUGCAGUGGAUCAUUAGAAAGGUUGGAUGGAUAAUGCUAGUUACUAUGGGAUCAUCUCCUAUUGAAUCUGUAGUUGCUGCUGGCAAUAUAUUCGUCGGACAGUCGGAGUCCCCGCUGCUGGUCCGACCGUACUUACCAUACAUCACCAAGUCCGAACUCCACGCAAUUAUGACCGCUGGGUUCGCUACCAUUGCUGGAAGUGUCUUAGGUGCAUACAUUUCUUUUGGGGUUUCGUCCACCCACUUGUUAACGGCUUCAGUUAUGUCGGCACCGGCCUCACUGGCUGUUGCUAAACUCUUUUGGCCUGAGACAGAAACACCUAAAAUAACCCUCAAGAAUGCCAUGAAAAUGGAAAACGGUGAUUCAAGGAAUCUCCUAGAAGCUGCAACGCAGGGAGCCUCUUCAUCCAUCCCUCUGGUGGCAAACAUCGCUGUGAAUCUGAUUGCCUUCAUAGCCCUGCUGUCUUUUGUGAACUCGGCCCUGUCCUGGUUCGGAAACAUGCUCGAAUACCCACAACUAAGUUUCGAGCUAAUAUGUUCCUACAUCUUCAUGCCCCUCUCCUUCAUGAUGGGAGUGGACUGGCAGGACAGCUUUAUGGUUGCCAAACUCCUAGGUUAUAAGACAUUCUUCAAUGAAUUUGUGGCUUAUGAGCAUCUCUCAAAAUUGAUCAAUUUAAGGAAAGAGGCUGGACCCAAAUUUGUGAAUGGUGUGCAGCAAUAUAUGUCGAUUCGUUCGGAGACCAUUGCCACCUAUGCUCUCUGUGGCUUUGCCAAUAUCAGUUCCCUAGGAAUAGUGGUCGGCGCACUCACAUCCAUGGCUCCUUCCAGAAAGCGUGACAUCACCUCAGGGGCAGUGAGAGCUCUGGUUUCAGGGACCACAGCCUGCUUCAUGACAGCCUGCAUUGCAGGCAUUCUCUCUGGCACUCCUGUGGAUGUCAACUGCCAUCACAUUUUAGAGAAUGUCUUCAACUCCAGUUUACCUAGAAACACAACUAAUGUAAUAUCUUGUUGCCAGAGCCUAUUGAGCAGCGCUGUCGCCAACGGUCAGAGCAAGGUGAUCCCAGGAGGAAACCACAGCCUGUAUUCUCUGAAGAGCUGCUGCCAAGUGUUGAGUCCAUCAUCACUGAACUGCAGCUGGAUCCCUAGUGCAUUUUGA